CGCUUUUAUUAAAUAGCAGAGGCCACGCCCCUUAAGCCAGAGGCACGCCCCCCUACGUAGGCCCGGGAGCCGCUCCCUAACCUGAAGCUGUCAGCAGCCGAACGAUGGCCCAUCAGACCGGGAUCCACGCUACCCCAGAGCUGAAGGACUUCUUUGCAAAGGCUCGCAAUGGAUCCAUCCGGCUCAUAAAGGUCAUCAUUGAAGAAGAGCAGCUGGUGUUGGGAUCACACAAAGAGCUGAAGCAUGCCUGGGACCAAGACUACGAUGCGUUAGUUCUUCCUCUACUUGAUGAAUCUGAGCCAUGUUAUAUUCUGUAUCGGCUGGACAGCCAGAAUGCUCAGGGGUACGAGUGGAUCUUCCUGUCCUGGUCACCUGACCACUCCCCGGUGCGGCUGAAGAUGCUCUAUGCGGCUACAAGAGCAACUGUCAAGAAAGAAUUUGGCGGGGGACAUAUUAAGGAUGAAAUAUUUGGAACACUAAAGGAAGAUAUUGCUCUCGGUGGCUACAAGAAACAUGUCUCCUCGUGUGCAGCCCCAGCUCCUCUCACUGCAGCAGAAAGGGAAUUACAGGAAAUCAAGAUAAAUGAGGUGAAAACUGAAAUCAGCGUAGAGAGUAAACAACAGACUCUGCAAGGACUCUCCUUCCCUCUAAGGCCAGAAGCGGAGGGGGCAAUCCUGCUCUUAAAACAGAAGAAAAUCAAUUAUAUUCAGCUGAGAUUGGAUCUAGAAAAGGAGACUGUAGACUUGGUUCAUACAAAGCAUACAGAGCUAAAAGAUCUACCAGGGAGAAUACCACAAGACACAGCCCGUUACCACUUCUUUCUAUACAAACACUCUCAUGAAGGAGACCACUUGGAAUCUGUAGUGUUUAUCUACUCCAUGCCGGGCUACAAAUGCAGCAUUAAAGAGCGAAUGCUGUACUCUAGCUGCAAGAAUAAGCUUCUGGAUUCCGUAGAACAGGAUUUCCAACUGGAGAUUGUUAAGAAGAUUGAAAUUGAAGAUGGUGCUGAACUAACGGAUGAAUUUCUGUAUGACGAGGUUCAUCCUAAACAGCACGCCUUCAAACAAGCUUUUGCCAAGCCCAAAGGACCUGCGGGCAAACGUGGACAAAAGCGCCUAAUUAAAGGUCCUGGCGAAAAUGGGGAGGACAGUUAAAUACAGAAUCGACGUGGUUGUUUCCAAAA